AUGGUGACAAAGUUUUACCAACACAUCUUGACCUUGGCCUUUGCUGUUCAUGAGAUCAAUCAGAACCCCAAGAUCUUGCCCAAUGUUACUCUUGGGUUCCACAUCUGUGACAGCUACUACAGCAAAAGGAUGACCUACCGUACCACUCUGGAUCUGCUCUAUAAGCUGCAUAAAUAUUUUCCCAACUAUGAAUGUGUCAUCCAGAAAAAAACAAUGGCUGUCAUUGGGGGACUUGGCUGUGAUAUCUCCUUCCAGAUGGCAAAUAUUCUAGGUCUCUUCAAAAUACCACAGCUUACAUAUGGCCCACUUACUCAAGAGGAGAAUGACUUGAUACAGUCCCCUUCCUUUUACUCCAUGGUGCCAAAUGAAAACCAGCAGUAUAUGGGCAUUGUUCAGUUGCUCCAGCAUUUUGGAUGGACGUGGGUUGGGCUUUUUGUUGUGAAUGAUGACAGUGGAGAACAUUUCUCACAAGUAUUGGGGCCACUGCUUUUCCAAAAUGGUAUUUGUUUGGCCUUUAUACAAAGAAUAAAUAACCAAGCCCACUGGAAUAAGCUUGAAGAAGUUCAGGAUUUAAUUUCAAAUGUAUUUCAGUCUUUAGCUGAUAGUAAGGCUAGAACAUUUAUCCUCUAUGGAGAAUCUAGAGCUAUUAUUUCACUGAUCACCCUUAUAGCUCUAGGAGAUUUUGAAUGGGAAGAAAAUGCAUCAUUAAGAAAGGUGUGGAUCACAACAGCACAAGCGGAUUUUGCAAUGGUCGCCAUCCAAUGGGACUGGAAUUAUGAAUUCUUCCAUGGGGCCAUUUCCUUCACAGUUCAUGCAAAGGAGCUUCCAGGCUUCCAGAAAUUUCUUCAAGAUAUCAGACCUGAUUGGACUAAACAAGACAGUUUUUCCAAGGAAUUCUGGGAGCAAGCAUUUGCCUGCUCUUUUCUAAAUUCCAGUGAUGACAUGGAUGCCUACAAAGCAUGCACUGGGGAGGAGAAGCUAGAGAGUCUCCCAGGUCCUGUUUUUGAAAUGCACAUACUUGGCCACAGCUAUAGCAUCUAUAAUGCUGUCUAUGCCAUAGGCUAUGCUCUGCAUGCCAUUUACGAGUCUCGAUACAAACACAGAGAAGUGGUUGGUGGAAAAAGAGUUGACCUUCAAGAUAUACAGCCCUGGCAGCUCCACUCAUUUCUUCAACACAUUUUGUUCAACAACUCGGCUGGAGAAACAUUGUCCUUUAAUGAGAAGAUGGAAAUGGGGACUGGAUUUGACAUCACAAAUCUGGUCACGUUCCCAAACAGGUCUGUUCAGAGAGUGAAAGUUGGAGAGGUGAAAGGCAAUGCCCAGGAAGGAAAAGACUUCAUUAUUCAAGAGGAUCGAAUUAUAGUGCCCCUUUCUGUGUGCAAUGAUUACUGCCUGCCUGGUUAUCAGAAGAAAAAGAAGGAAGGAGAGAAAUUUUGCUGCUAUGAUUGCAUUCCAUGCCCAGAAGGAAAGAUUUCAAACCAAAAGGACUUGGAUGAAUGCACCCAAUGUUCAGAAGAUCAAUAUCCAAGCAAGGACCAUGACCAAUGCAUUCCAAAAAUGAUAAGCUUUCUGUCUACUGAAGAACCUUUGGGAAUCAGUUUAGCCUCUAUUGCAGUUGCUUUUUCCCUGUUCACUUUCUUGGUGCUUGGAAUAUUUAUAAAACACAGAGAUACCCCCAUUGUCAAAACCAGCAAUAGGGACAUUACUUACGGUCUCCUGAUCUCCCUCCAACUUUGCUUUCUCUGCCCCUUGCUCUUUCUUGGAAGACCUAGAAUGGUGACCUGUUUCCUCCAAAAAUCAGCUUUUGGCAUCAUCUUCACAGUGGCUGUUUCUUGCAUCUUGGCCAAAACCAUCACUGUAAUUGUAGCUUUCAUGGCCACCAGACCAGGGUCCAAGAUGAGGAAAUGGGUGGGGAAAAGACUGACCAAUGGCAUUGUUCUUACCUGCUCCCUUAUCCAAAUGUGUGUUUGUACAACGUGGCUAGGAACCACUCCCCCAUUCCCAGACGUGGACACCAAGUCAAUGACUGAACAGAUAAUUCUGCAAUGUAAUGGGGGAUCUGCAAUCAUGUUUUAUAUUGUCCUAGGCUAUUUGGGCCUUCUGUCCAUCAUCUGCUUGACUGUGGCUUUCCUAGCCAGGAAGUUGCCAGACUGUUUUAAUGAAGCCAAAUUUAUCACCUUCAGCAUGCUAAUUUUUUGCAGUGUUUGGGUGUCUUUUGUUCCAACCUACCUGAGCACCAAAGGGAAACACAUGGUGGCUGUGGAGAUCUUCUCUAUCUUGGCCUCCAGUGCUGGAUUACUAGCUUGUAUCUUUUUCCCAAAAUGCUACAUUAUUCUUCUGAGGCCAGAGUUAAACAAGAGCAAGCAGCUCAUGUGGAGAAAGAAAAAAAUUGCCCUGUGA